ACGACAGGUGUUGUGAUCGUUAUGUUGUGAUUUGAUGUAGAGCAAACGUCAAACGACACAGGUGAAUUGACAGAAUUUGUCAACAUGAUACGUGAAAAAUGAUAGAUUUGUUGUACGUACAGUGUUUUAAAUAAACUUUUCUAACUAGUGCAUGUCAAAAAAGCUGCAAGCCCUUUUAAAUUCCUCGAAGAAUUUAUAUAAAAAAAUAUUCAAAAUGUCUGGAGAAAAGGCAGAAGUAGGAGUAUCACCCAAAGAGAAAGAAGAACAGGAAAGUGCAGCAGAAGAUACCGCCUCUGGAACAUCCGACAUGAGUAUUGAGUCUUUACGAAAGUACCUCUCAGAAAAACUUGGUAUAUCUGACAAAGACAAAGAUGAAGAAAAGACUGUCAAAGUGCUUGAUGCGGUAACGCUCGAUGGGGUCGUAGACUACAUUAAUAAAAAUAAAUGCAAAAAUAUAGUGACAAUGGCGGGAGCUGGCAUUUCAACCUCUGCUGGAAUCCCAGAUUUUCGCUCACCUGGAAGUGGUCUCUACCACAAUUUGCAAAAAUAUAACUUGCCCCAUCCACAAGCAAUUUUUGAACUGAGCUUUUUUCAUGAGAACCCUAAGCCAUUUUUCGCUUUGGCUAAAGAGUUGUACCCUGGCUCUUUCAAACCCACAAUUUGUCAUUACUUUAUUAAAUUAUUAAUUGAAAAAGGUGUUCUGCUUAGACAUUAUUCGCAAAAUAUUGAUACUCUGGAAAGGGUGGCUGGUAUCCCAGAUGACAAAAUUGUGGAAGCCCAUGGAACCUUUUAUACCGGUCAUUGUAUAAAAUGUAGAAAAGAGUACACAUUGGAGUGGAUGAAAGAGCGCAUCUUUAAAGAUGAAGUCCCAGAAUGUGUGGAAGAAGACUGUAAAGGGGUUGUUAAACCAGACAUAGUUUUCUUUGGUGAACAGUUGCCAUUCAAGUUCUAUAACUUAAUAGAACACGACUUUGAAAACUGUGAUUUACUCAUUAUAUUGGGGUCUUCCCUAGCAGUACAACCUUUUGCUUCACUUGUAGAACGAGUUCCAGAUACAUGCCCACGACUCUUAAUAAACCGUGAAAAAGUAGGGCACAGAUCAGGCAUAAUGGCAAUGCUAGGACUUGGUGGUGGGUUAGAUUUUGAUGGCAAAAACAACACUAGAGAUGUUGCCUGGUUGGGAGAUUGUGAUGAAGGGUGCCAACUUUUUGCUGAUAAAUUGGGCUGGGGGGAGGAACUAAAAAAAUUACGAGCAGCAGAAAUUGAAAAGAUUGAGACACUAAACAAAGCUAGUAAAUCUGUAAAAAGUUCUAUGUAAAUUUUAACCCUUGUUGACUUUUAAAUAAAUAAAUAAUCCCAAUAAUUAUUAUUA